AUGGUUGAUUCUACGGAUAUCUCAAGCCAUACAUUGGUCCCGUUCGGCGACGACUACACCGACGUGAUCGUACGCUCAACCGAUAAUACGGACGUCAAGUUCUCUCGAUUCGUACUCUGCAUUGCUUCACCGGUGCUAAAGGCCCGGAUUCGGGAGCAAGAGAAGGGGUUGGAAGCUGGAGCAUUGCCCAUCGUUCCGAUGCAGGUGUCGUCUGCUGCUCUCCAAGCCCUUCUUCGUCAGCUUUGUCCCGUCUUCAAUGUUCAGGAUCUUCCCCUUGCAGAGCUUCAGGACGUUCUUGAAUGCGCCAAGAAGUAUCGUAUCGAGGCAGUGACCGCCAGUCUGCGCAAGAAGCUGAUCGCUGGGUUUCUCAACCUCGACCCUAUCGCCGUGUAUGCCAUUGCUUGCAGGUGUGGUUUGGAGCCGGAGGCGGUGGCGGCAGCGGCGGCGCUCAAAAAGCGGUUCAAGCAACCUCAGUCCCUGCCCGACUCGGAACAGUGGUCUCGCGUAUCCGUGAUCCAUUACAUGCAGCUUUUGCGAUUUAUUCGAAACGGCACAAAACCCGGGCAGUGGUCCGAGCUAGCCACCCCUGAGCCAAGUUGCACCGACGUCCGAGAGCAACAAAACCGUGUCACAACCUCCGCGGCGCCAUUUGAUGGUUCUGUCCCUUGGGAUGUUAUCAUUAUAUCGUCCGACAAUGUCAAGUUCCAUGUUGGACGCUUUACUCUCAUCGUCGCCUCGGAGUUCUUCCGCAGCAUGUUUACUCUACCACAGCCCGCGGCAUUCGACAAGGAAGAUCAGCCGCAUUCCGACGCUGUCCCCGUUUCAGAGGACAGUUUUGUUCUCGACCGUCUCUUACGCAUAUGUUACCCUGUGCCAGACCCGGUCAUCACCCGGGUACAUGACAUUGCGGACAUUCUCAAAGCGGCCGAGAAGUACGAGAUGGACUACGUCAUGACCUGGGCGAAAGCGAAGUUGAUUUCACUCUGUGCCACCGACCCACUUCAGGUGUAUCUGGCAGCAUGCCAGUUACACGCGAAGGACCUGGCCGCCACUGCGGCGAAGGCGGCCCUCAAAUUUUCGGAAAUUGAACUCGAGCAGAUGCCAAUGGCCUCGACCUGGAAGCAUACAUCAACGUCUAGGGUCCGUACGCUCCUAUCCUAUCAUCGACAGUGCUGUGAGUUGUCCGAAUGGAACACAUUGACCACGGACUUCAUCUGGGUACCCUCCGAUUACUGUGCCGGGUUGAGGUGCAGUCACAACUGCGGAGGUAGUCACUUGGUGCAAGGAGGGGCACAGAUUGGUCUCUCCGAAUCGUGGCGCGACUAUUUUGCUCGCGCCAAGCUCGUAUUGCAGAGCCGACCUGGAGACAUCGAUACCGCAGCUCUCUCGUUCUGGCCUGUCGUCAGUAACGGUAACUGGCUGUGCCAUGGAUACUGCGGGGGGCAGCCUGGGAUGAGCAAAGAAUUAGCUGACUUGUUCGCCGUCAAGAUCAGGGAUGCGAUUAACAAUGUCCCCUUCGACCUAGUGCUAUAG